GGGCUGCAGUAAGAGUUCAACCUUUGGCCAUAUUGCGCGCGCGAUCCGAAUCAGACGACGUGUGCUGCUGGUCUCUCUCUCCAGUCUGGCUUUUUUCAUUUUUUUUUGCUAAUAGGUUAACAUCGGAAUAUCCAGAACGGAGAGAAUAUCCGAAAGCGCUAAACAGUCGCAGUUUGGUCGUGCCUGGCGUAGCAACAGCAGGAGAAUCAACCGGAGGUUUCAAUCGCGCGCGCGUUUUCUAGAGGAAGGGCUGCCAGUUCAGUUCACUUUCCUGCUUUUGCGGUAGGGCGUUGCAUUUUUUUUUCGGUUGUAUAAAGUAUAUUUUGAAAGGGGUAUUGGAUCGAAUAUUUAGUGUUGUUUGGGUAAAUUAAAGACUGAACUACUUUAAAUAAGCCGAAAUUGAGUACUAUGACAGUAUGACCACAAAGUCCACAAUGUCAGACAGCGAAGAUGACUGCAGUGACAACACAAGCGGCGUGGCUGAUUGGCCGGUGACUGAAGAGUGGCUCCUGGCAGUCCUAAAGGAACACCACAAGGACCUUUCCGAAUCAGCCGCCAUUACAAUCAUAGAAUUCACCGUUAAACCCGGAUGUGAAACUGGAGAAUGUGUGCUCUCGGAUAUUCUGGCUGUUAUCGUUACGUAUUGUAUACGAGGGGAUCCCGAGGGAGCGAACCAUAACCUCAAUUUUAUCAUCAAGUUAUUGCCGCAGGAUCCAUUUAGUAGAUUUUUUGUGACCGAGGCUCAAUUCGAUUUAAGGGAAAUCAAAUUUUAUACUCAGGUUGUUCCAGACUUGGAAAUCUUCAAGAACCAAGUCUGUCAAGAGGACUCUGAGACUGAUCUCAUACUGCCCAUCCCAAAAUGUUACUACGCUCACUACAGUCCUGGAGAAACUGAGCCUGAACCGAUUCCCCCUUCAUCCGUCCUGGUCCUUGAAAACAUUAAACCCAACGGGUAUCAGUCUGUGGAUUUUUCCACUGGACUAGAUCUGAGACAAGCUAAGGCUGCCAUGGAAGCUAUUGCAAAGGUCCAUGCUUUAUCAUUAUGUUUAAAGGUUACAGAGGGUCAAGUUUUAUCAGAAAAAUACCCCUUUCUGUUCCAAACAUCUCAGGCAUCAGAUUCCUAUCAGCAGCUGGUAGAAAGGGGCCUCCCUCAGCUUUUUGAGUUUCUAGAAAGUAAAGAUGAACUCAAGGAUAUCUUAAAUAUGCUUAACGAUCUUAGACCACAUACCAAAGAAAUUAUUGAGAGCUUACUGGGAGCUGAAGAACCGAUGGCAUUGAUUACUCAUACGGAUUUUUGGUGUAAUAAUUUAAUGUUCAAGGAAAAUCAAGGGAAUUGCCAGUGUGCCAUCUUAGACUGGCAAAUGGUGACCUAUAGUAGACCAACAAACGAUCUGGCUCUGCUAUUGGUUAGUUCCGUGUCAGCUGACCUAAGGAGGGAACAUACAGAUGAACUGCUGGACGUCUAUUGGGUAAAAUUGGUAGAAAACUGUAAAAAGCUCAAAGUUGACAUCGAGGAAAUGUUGAAUUAUGACCGUAAGAAACUCGGAGAAGAUUUUAGAAAAGGGCAACUUCUAGCACUACUAUUAUGUAUAGGUUCGGUUGACUUGGCCUUAGGGAAUGCCCAAAUGGAAGAACGGUUGGUAGCACUGCUCAAAGAUUUAUAUAAAGAGGACCUCCUUAGUAUCGCAGUAGCACGAAACGAACAGAAAUAAAAGAGCAAAAACGUGGACUUUCUGUGUGAUAAAACGCUGUGAAUGAAUAGAUGGCCAGUGUCCUUAGAUAUUACUGAUUUAGUAUUAAAGUGCAUCGAUAUAAUUACGCCUUGUAGGUUUAGUGUGAUCACUUUUAGAAAAGCUUUAUUUGUUCUUUUUUUGGAAGGUUUGAUGGUGUUAUUGCUAGGAAAAAAACUAAAAGAAAUAGGCCCUAUUCUCUCACGAUAAGCUGUAAUUUAAUGUUGCCAAUUAUAUUAUCAUGUCCUCAGAUAAAUAAAAUAUAAAUAUGUGCCAAAAUUAAAUUAUAUCAACAAUGUCACGCACAAUUACUACCCUGACAUUAUUCCUGUAAAAUAAAAUGUAUUACCAUGAAACAUGUGUUUUUAUUUAAGU